CUGCCCGUUGUCCCCUAGCUCUAGCGGCGGAUAACGAGCGGCGCAGGCUGCCAGCCAGCCAGCCGGGACGCAUGCGGCACCGUGACGCAAUCGCAAUCGCAUCCCACCCCGCCGCUCGCAUUCCACUUUGCACGCCCGCCUGCAGCCAGAGCGGCAGAUCGAGCCCAGAGCAGGCAGGCGGCGGCGGCGGCGGCUGCGGCGCGGCGCCCAUAUAUACAGCCCCGUGUCCCCGUGCGAGUGAGCGCCUCAUUCAUUCAACGCUAGCACCUGCACUCCAUAUGGGUCCGCGGUCGGCGAUGGGAUGUUCGUCCUUGCCGUCCUCCCGUGCUCUGUGGCUCACGACGGCCGUCGUCGCGGCGCUCGCCGCCGGCGCGCAGGCGUCGCUGUCGCCGGGGUUCUACGACGCGACGUGCCCGGGGCUGCAGCCCAUCGUGCGCCGCGUCGUGGCGCGGGCCGUCCAGAUGGAGCCGCGCAUGGGGGCGUCCCUCCUCCGCCUCUUCUUCCACGACUGCUUCGUCAAUGGCUGCGACGCCUCCGUCUUGCUGGACGACGUGCCCGGUAGCUUCGUCGGGGAGAAGAACGCGGGUCCCAACGCCAACUCGCUGCGCGGGUUCGAGGUCAUCGACGCCAUCAAGGCGCAGGUCGAGGCGUCCUGCAACGCCACCGUCUCCUGCGCCGACAUCGUCGCCCUCGCCGCGCGCGACGCCGUCAACCUGCUCGGUGGGCCGAGGUGGUCGGUGCCGCUAGGCCGGCGAGACGCGCGGAACACGAGCGCGAACGCGGCGAACGCCAACCUACCGCCGCCGGACGCGAGCCUACCGACGCUGCUGUCCAUGUUCGGCGCCAAGGGCCUGGACGCGCGGGACCUGACGGCGCUGUCGGGGGCGCACACGGUGGGGCGCGCCCGCUGCGUGGUGUUCCGCUCCCACAUCUACAACGACACGGCCACCACCAACGCCACCUUCGCGGCGGAGCUCCGGAGCACCGUCUGCCCCUACACGGGCGGCGACGCCAACCUGGCGCCGCUGAAGCUGCAGGCGCCCGACGUCUUCGACAACGGCUACUUCCGGGACCUGGUCACCCGCCGCGUGCUGCUGCGGUCCGACCAGGCGCUGUACGACGGCGGCAACGGCACCACGGACGCGCUCGUGCGCGCCUACGCCGCCAACGGGACGGCGUUCGCCGCCGACUUCGCCGCCGCCAUGGUCAGGAUGGGGAACCUGGGACCGCCUGCCGGGAGCGCCGCCGCCGCCGCCACCGAGGUCCGGCUCAACUGCCGGCGAGUGAACUGAUCCAGUUGCUGCGCGCGCGGUGCCACUGCGUUGCAUUAAUUGAUCGGUGGAAUUACAGUUACUUCUUGGUGUACACUUUUGCUUCGAUUCACAGAAUGACAGAAGUACGUAGUAUGAAUGAUAAGCAUGCAUAUAUGAGGUUCUUGAUGUGAUCGCAAA